AUGCUCGCUGUCCGAAAACCGACGUUGGGGCCGGACGGAAAAGUUGAUAUUCGCAUUUCUCUUGAUCCAAAAUAUCUAAAUGGUGCAAUAAAACGUGAACAUUUCCCUAUGCCUACUAUUGAAGAAGUUGCUACGCGAUUAAAUGGAGCGAAAAUUUUCAGUGUGUUUGACGCCAGUAAUUGGAUUUGGCAAGUAGAGCUCGAUCAAGCGUCUAGCCGAUUCAGUACUUUCAACACUCCAUUCGGGCGGUAUUGUUAGAAACGUACGCCGUUUGGUAUAAGCUGCGCACCAGAAGUAUGGCAGCGAAAAAUGCACGAACAUGUUGAAGGUUACAUGGGGUGGAAGUGAUAGCGGAUGAUUUUGUCGUGGUUGGGUUUGGAAGUACCCCAGAGGAGUGGAAUGCUGAGCAUGACCGCAAUGUCCGUGCUUUUCUCGAGCGCUGUCGGGAGAAGAACCUGAAUCUAAAGAAAGAAAAGGCUCAGUUAACGAAGACAGAAGUGUCUUUUAUUGAACACAUCUUAACCCCAAAUGGUUUGAGGCCUGAUUCAAAGAAAGUAGAGGCAAUCAACGACAUGACUCAUCCUACAGAUGUGCAGUCUCUACAAAUGUUCCUGGGUAUGGUAACCUACCUAGCCAAGUUUUUGCCAUAUCUCUGAUGAAACGGAAGUGUUGAGGAGGCUCACAGAGAAAGCUGCAGAGUUGUGUUGGUUAACCGCACACGAAGAAGCCGUGGUCCGAAUCCAAAAAAUGAUCAGCGCUGCGCCAGUGCUUGCCUACUAUGACGUCACAAAGCCCGUAACUAUACAGUGUGAUGCCUACAGCAAUGGAAAAGUGGAGAAUGCUGUAAAUACCUGCAAAUUAUUGUUAAAGAAAGCUCGCGACGACAAACCGGAUCCACUCCUCGGCAUACUAUGGCGCAAUACACCAACCGAAGGCAUGGGUGCUUCUCCCGCCCAGUUACUGUAUGGUAGACGUACUCGAACACGUCUUCCUGUUGCAAAGAAACAGUUGAAAUCGACUCUUAUUGAAUGA